AUGGCGGCUUUGGUCUCGGCCGGGGCGGCGGCUCCGGUGGCCGGCGGCAUCGGGCGGAGGCACGGGGUGAAGCGGCUUGGCGAGGCGGAUCCGAAGGUGGUGGCGGCGCUCGACUUCGGCGUCGGAACGACGCGGGAGCGGCGAGUGGAUCUCGCCGGCGACGGCGGGUUCCGGCGAGUGCGGCGGUGGCUGGGACGCGAUGCGAGGAGGAGGGGAGAGAGGGGCAGCGGCUUUAUAGGCGGGGAGGGGCAGGCGAUGGCGUUGUGGAGGGGCAAGGGGUGGCUCAGUGUACGGGACGGAAACGGCAGGGCGACGGCGGCGCUAUCAGGGCGGCGGCGGACUCCUGCUGGAGGCUGGGGGCGACGUGCGGGGAAAGGCCAGCUGGGCUUCGGCCCAGUUGGCCCGGUGGGCGCGGUGGUGCGCGGCUACGCGGCGGAAAGGCGGCUGCAGCAGCAACAACAGUUGCUGCGGGCGCGGCCGGGCGCAGCAGCUGCUGCUGCAAUAGUAGGCGGCGAGCGAAGCUGGCGCGGGGCCGGGAAGGGGUCGCGCGGUGGAGGCAGAGGCGGGAGUGGCGACCGGCAGCAGCGGGGCCGGCGAGCAGCAACAGCGGCGGACGAGCGCGACAAGCAGCGGGGCACGGUGAUGCAGGGAGGGGGCACCAGGGCGUGGCGGGCGCGGCCGACAAGGGACGACGCGACGCGCGGCAGCGUCGGCGCGGGCUGGUGA